CACCAUUCUCUCGUCAAUAAUCGUCAAGGCAAUCCUCUAUCAGAACAAUACUUCAAAAUGUCUGCGCAAAAGAACCACAAAAAGUCACAAUACACCUCCCGAAGUAAAGUUAUACCUCUCGCCAGCACUCUCCACCUCUCAUCAAUCUAUUUCACCCUCGUCUUCCUCAGUGGCUUUCUUCUCGGCGCCAUCCGACAAGGCUUUAUCAUUCCAACAUUUCACCUGGCUCGAUCCCGAGCCGAGCUCAUCGAAAUGCCUUUCAUGGUCCUAUGCACACUUCACUGGGCUCGGUGGCUCAUUCACCGAUAUGAAGUACCCCGGGUAGCGAAGACUAGGAUUACUGUGGGAGGACUGGCAAUGGGGAUGAUGGUCGUGAUUGAGUUAAUUGGGGAGUAUUUUGACAAUGGUAGGUGGGAUACGGAGGGAGAUAAGGGGUAUUGGAUCAGGAAAGGGGCUUUUUCCGUUGCUGUGGUGCUGUUUGGUGCGAUGCUGUGGGUUUUGAUGGCUGUGGGGAGGUAGGGGAGCCUUCGCACGCUGAAGAUAUACUCCGGGAGGGAGUACGCCGGCCUGAAAUGCAACUGAUGUCUCGCAACAUGUUUCAAUAAAGUUUUACGGCAGUAUUAGC